CGGGCGCCGCGGCGGCGGGUGGAUGAGAGUUGGCCCCGAUCUCCGCUCAGGGGAGCCCGACCGCCAUGCUAGGGUAAAGCAGAGGGGCUCGGUCCUGAACAUGCUAAGGAGGCUGGACAGGAUCAGGUUCAGAGGUCACAAGAGAGACGACUUCCUGGACCUGGCAGAGUCUCCCAAUGCCUCGGACACCGAGUGCGGGGACGACGCCCCCCUGAAGACGCCGCGGACCUCGCCCCGGGACAGCGAGGAGCUGCGGGACCCUGCUGGCCCGGGGACCCUCAUCAUGGCUGCAGGAGUCCAGGACUUUAGCCGGACAGAGUUUGAUCGAUUGAAUGAGAUCAAAGGUCACCUGGAAAUCGCCUUACUGGAGAAGCACUUCUUACAGGAGGAGCUCCGGAAGCUGCGGGAAGAGACCAACGCGGAGACGCUGCGGCAGGAGCUGGACCGGGAGCGGCAGCGGCGGCUGGAGCUGGAGCAGAGGGUCCAGGACGUGCUGAAGGCCAGAACCGAGGAGCAGGCGGCUCAGCCACCUCCGAAAAGCCAGGCCCCGCUCGCCAAUGGUGCAGACCGGCGGGGCCAGGGGCUGUGCCCCCGCGUGCAGAAGUGGCUCUACGAGAAGUUCGGGGAGUAUGUGGAGGACUUCCGGUUCCAGCCCGAGGAGAGCACCGUGGAAACGGAGGAGCCCCUCAGCGCCCGCAGGUUAACCGAGAACAUGCGGCGACUCAAGCGGGGUGCCAAGCCUGUCACCAGCUUUGUGAAGAACCUCUCUGCCUUAUCCGACUGGUACUCUGUCUACACGUCCGCCAUCGCCUUCACCGUCUACAUGAACGCCGUGUGGCAUGGCUGGGCCGUCCCCAUGUUCCUGUUUCUGGCCAUUUUGAGGUUGUCCCUCAAUUACCUCAUAGCCAGGGGCUGGAGGAUACAGUGGAGCAUCGUGCCCGAAGUGUCCGAAGUGGUGGAGCCUCCGAAAGAAGACCUGACCGUGUCCGAGAAGUUCCAGCUGGUGCUGGACGUCGCCCAGAAGGCCCAGAACCUCUUUGGCAAGAUGGCUGACAUCCUGGAAAAGAUCAAGAACCUGUUCAUGUGGGUGCAGCCCGAGACCACCCAGAAGCUGUACAUCGCGCUGUGGGCCGCCUUCCUGGCCUCCUGCUUCUUCCCCUACCGCCUGGUGGGGCUCGUCGUGGGGCUCUAUGCCGGAAUCAAGUUCUUCCUCAUCGAUUUCAUCUUCAAACGCUGCCCGAGGCUGCGCGCCAAGUACGACACCCCCUACAUCGUCUGGCAGAGCCUCCCCACCGACCCCCAGCUCAAAGAGCGCUCCAGCGCUGCUGCCGCCGCGUCCCGCAGGCUGUCAGGGCAUGACAAGCUGCAGACGGCCGCCUCGCGGAGCUACGUGUCCAGCGCACCUGCCGGCCUGAGCAAGGAUGAAGACGCCGGUCGCUUCCACGGCACCAAAAGGGGCAAUUUCCACGAGAUCUUUAACCUGACGGAAAACGAGCGACCGCUGGCGGUGUGUGAGAAUGGCUGGCGCUGCUGCCUGAUAAACCGGGACCGGAAGAUGCCCACGGACUACAUCCGGAACGGGGUGCUGUACGUGACGGAGAACUACUUGUGCUUCGAGAGCUCCAAGUCUGGCUCUUCCAAGAGGAACAAGGUCAUCCGGCUGGCGGACAUCACGGACAUCCAGAAGUACAAGGUCCUCUCCGUCCUCCCGGGGUCAGGCAUGGGGAUCGCUGUGACGACGCCGUCGACCCAGAAACCGCUGGUGUUCGGCGCCAUGGUGCACAGGGACGAGGCCUUCGAGACCAUCUUCAGCCAGUACGUGAAGAUCACGGCGGGCGCGGCGGCGGCUACCGGAGGCGACAGCUAGGGCCGCGCGCCGCCCGGGGCCCGUGGGGCGUCCUCGAAGCAGCCUGGUCGUGCGGGAGAGACCGAGCGUCCCUGCCACCUUCGCAGUGAUCCCCCUCGGCCUGUGGCUCUGUCGCGUUGACCUGCGUGUCCGGGCUCUGGCACACGGAUGGGGUCGCGUGGAUGAUGCCCGCCCGCGGGCGGGGCGCGUCCCGGACAGUGGACACAGGGCGCAGGGCGCUCCCGGCCACGGAGAGGAGGACACGCGGGACGCACCCCGUCCCAGCCGCCGCCAAGCACAGCCGCGGCCCCGGGGCCCUGCCCGGGCAGAGACGGCUCCCGGAGGCCGACGCUCUUCCACACCAAAGCCAUAGCUGAAGGACGUCGAUGGCGAAGGACACCGGCCCCUUCACCGCCCUCAGUAAACGGCCAGUGGGACUGGUUCCUCCUCCAGCGGGACGCCUGCUGCGUGUCCUCAGA